AUGGAUCGUGUGCUCAACAAACUACCAAUCAGCAAAAAUAAUCUUCAAUUAUUGGCAGCCACGUGCACGUUCUUAGCAUCGAAAUUACGUGAACCAUCCACCCAUGCACUCCAGCCAGAAGUGUUGAUUUACUAUACUGACAACAGCAUCACGAAGCGGGACUUGAUGAGCUUUUUCUGUGUUCUUGUUGAAAUGAGAAAGAAGCGGCUUAAGAAAAGGGCGCUGAGGCUCGUAACAAGCGGUGAUCAUCACACCAGUUUCGAGUGUAAACAAAGUCCUUCUGUUUGA